GAGUUACGGCCAUUAUAAGAAAAUGCCAAUAUUACUUUUUCUUCUUCUUCUUAAUCAGGAGCUUAUAUUGAAUGAGGUUCCUCUGCUAAUGACAUUCAUUGAUGAGCAUCCCUCGGGCAGACUCUGUGUCAUGUAUCAGAAGCAAAUUGAAGCCAUAGAUGAGAUGACUACUGACUCACAAAGACUCUACAACUUUGAUCCUUCAAAGGUUAAAAUAUCUGAACUGAGAGCAGUCCAGCAUAAUACAAAGAAUGAGCUUCUUAUCGGCUAUAACAUGUCGUGCAGUGUCCUAGCACUACAAGAUGGAAUGGUCUUCAAUUCCCCAGAGACAGUUUGGAAUGCCGAACCUACUUCUAUAGGUACAGACUGAGAUCAUACUCAUUGUUCUAUUAUACUAAUGUGCUAUCAGAGUACAACCUAAUUAUACCCUACACCCUAAACUCAUACCUGUACCUAAUUAAACUCUAAACUGCUUCACGUACACCAUUAAACCAUCAACUGCUUCACGUACACCAUUAAACCAUCAACUGCUUCACGUACACCAUUAUA